AAACUGCCCGAUUCGUGUUCACCUGUAGUGACGUAGCAUGUUAACGCGCGCGCUUGUCUGCACGCGCACGCACAAACACACAGGGAGGAGGAAGUCGAAGUAUGUGACAGAGGAGUAAAGGAGUGAGUGGAGGAGUACAGGAGUACAGGAGUAGCUACAGUAGCUGCUCCUCUGAACCACGGCCCCUCACUCCUGGACUGAACCGAGACCACAGUGGGAGCCGCUCAGGUGUUCUUCGGUCCGUGGACUCACCACUCACAGAUGUUGUAGGUGUUUAAAAGCUCGACUGAAGUCGGUCAGGCGAAGGUCGAGGCCACGAAGACGCCAUGUCCCAAAGCCAGUCAGAAGACAGCCCAGCGGGGGACAAAGUCCCUCUGAUUCUGGAGAGCCAAUUCUCCACUGAACUGCAUAUUUCUGAGCCAGGUGAUGAAGAUUACUGCCCACCUAUACAAAGCCUCUCAACACCCCCGAUGGAAAAAUCCCCAGUCAAGGAAGACAAAGUGGACAGGCUAGUGGUGCCUCCGCAGGUGGUUUUGAGCACUGCAAGUCCUGCAGCACAAAAGUUUGGCAGCCAGCAGCUCAUUCCAAAGAGUUUAGCAACAAGUGGACGACCUAAACACCGCCACCACACUACUGUGGUCACGUUCCCCGUGGGACUGGAGCACUCGAGCAACGAGACCCGGAUCCGACACUCGGCCCAGGGCUCUGACGUGUCCUGGGAGGAUUACGACAGUGAUGGAGAUGGUUUUUCGUUGAGGAGGAACCGCAGGAACAUGUCAUACAGAGCAGCUGUAACCAGUCUAGACAUUGAAGCCAUGGCCACGGGACGAGAGUCUACGGUCCCACUGAAGCCUGUCGGAGAGAACAGGGCGUCCAGUCCUAGUCCAUGUCGCACCCCUGGACGCAAGCGAACCCUGGGGAGAAAGAGGAACCAGAAACGUGGAUCCUUCAAGGAUGCUACACCGCGACUCUACCAGGAGAUCCGAGAGCGAGGGCUUCACUCCACCAACCAGGAUGAGAUGCUGGAUGACUUUGUGGUGGUGGAGGCGCCGGUGGAGGACCAGGGCAUUGUUGUGAAGAACUACCGUCCAGCACAGCUCACCUGGAGUCAGCUCCCACAGGUGAAGGAUACAGGCAUCCUGACACUGAUCACAGCCCAGGAGAGGAAGAGACAGGAGGCCAUUUUUGAGAUCAUUACCUCAGAGCACUCAUACUUGCACAGUCUGGGCAUCCUGGUGCGUCACUUCAAGAACAGUGAGGCGCUGAGGAAAACCAUGACCACCACAGAGCACCAUCACCUCUUCUCCAACAUCUCUGACAUCCACAAGAUCAGCCAACGCUUUUUUGAGGACCUGGAGCGGCGUCACUAUGACAACCCAGUGAUUCGGGACAUCAGUGAUAUUGUUCAGAACCACGCUACCCACCACUUCGAGCCCUACAUCGUCUACUGCUCCAACGAGACCUUCCAGCAGAGGACCCUGCAAAAGCUGUUGACAAGCAACACCAUGUUCAAAGAGGCACUGAAACAAAUUGAAAGCAGCAGUGAGUGUGGAGGCCUCCCCAUGAUCUCCUUCCUCAUCCUGCCCAUGCAGCGAGUAACGAGACUACCACUGCUGCUGGAUACAAUAUGCCAGAAAACUCCAGACAAGACUGCAGAAUACUUUGCUGCCGUUUGGGCUCUUCAUGCCAUGAGCAAGUUGGUCACAAGCUGCAACGAUGGAGCGAGGCGGAUGGAGAGAACAGAGCAAAUGUACACCAUCCAGAAACAGAUGGAAUUCGGCAAAAUCAAGCCAUUUCCUUUGGUGUCAUCUUCACGGUGGCUGAAAAAGCGUGGUGAACUGGCUAUUUGUACUGAAGAACUGAGCAUCUGGAGGGCUUUCAGCCACAGGAGCUACUACCUGUUUCUCUUCAAUGACGUGCUGAUCAUCACAAAGAAAAAGAGCGAGGAAAGCUUCGUGGUGAUGGACUACGCGACUCCAGAGAAUGUGGAGGUGGUGGUGGCAGAGGAGGUGGAAGGGCGGAUGUCUCCCCCAGCAAAGAACAGCUCCAAUUACUUCCUUUCCUUCAAACUGCUGAUGAGCAAAAACAGUGAGGGCAGAGCGGAGCAGAUCUCCCUGGUGGCUGAAUCCAGGGUGGACCGAGCACGGUGGAUAGUUGCUCUUACAGAACAAAAGCAGGCAGGUGCCACAUGUACGGAAGGUCUUCCACAGUAUGAGGCCACCAAAGCCUACAUGCCCAAGGAGCCCGAUGAUCUUGGGCUUCAGCAGGCCGAGCUGGUCAUCGUUCUUAGGAAGGAGGAAGGUUUUUGCUACGGGGAGAGAAUGCGAGACGGAGAAAGAGGCUGGUUCCCAGCGAGCUGUGCCACGGAGAUCACCAACCCCACAGUCAUGGAGAACAACGUCCAGCGCAUGAAGCGCCUGCGCAAAGAGACCAACGUUUGAGUGAGCAUUUCAUUUGAAAUACCUGGAUGAUCAUGCCAAUGCCCAGUUCUAGGACGAGGUUGUCCAUGAAUUACACUAGACUCAGGAAUACUUGACAACACAAGGUGUUUUAUACAAUACACCUUUGAUGACAAAGAUAAGUGGCCAUUAUUCUUGACCGAGCGCUCCAUGUAUAAACCAGAACCAGGAAGUACUUGAAUCCAUCCAGUGACUAUGUUUUAUACAAUCUGUUAUAGUAUUCAAGUGAAUUGUAAAACGUAGUGUGAGGAAAUGAACUUGAAGUUAAAUCUCAACCAGAAAGUUUUUUUCAGAACUGAAUACUAAGAUGACAAUCACCUUUAUUGUAGGUAUUGAGUGCAUUUUAAUCAAAUUUAACUUACUCCAGUAUCUAUGUAUUUCUUUAACUUCUAAAAACGUAUUCAGCUAGGAUGCAGCUUCACCCACCCCCUCAUCCUCCUCGAAAUCUGACGACAUGAUGUGACAUGUACGGCCCUGUACAUUUUAUUCUUUUAGAAGUAUUUGCUAGGUGUUUUAUGUAGAGAAAAAUAUUUUUGUUGUUUUUGGAUUCAAUAGCUUAAUUCUUUAAGUUUUACUUCAGAUAAUUAUACAGAAUCAUAACACAGACAAGUGUUGACCAUUUUUCUGAAUAAGAGUAGUAGUUUGUGUUAGUUCCUGACCGUAGUCGUUGGAUAGGUUUGGGAGUCCCAGCACAUUAUUCUUUGGUAAAUAUUUCCAUGAUGCAUUAAUGGCAGCUCGAACACUAUUUGUUUUGUGGCAGGUUUGUCUAGAAGAGCCUUCAAAGAUUAGUCUACUAAACUUAACUUCACGGUUAGACACUUUCAGUGGUGUGAGCUUAAAUACUCACUCUCCACAGGCUUCUAGGUAAACCCUUAGAAUCUUCAUUCUUAAAAAAAUAGGUUAAACUAAAAUCAAAACAUCUGUAUAAAACACUUAUAAAUAUCAUAAAAAAAUAAAAUUUCACAGCAGGCCAAAACAUUCUACGCUGUAUUGAGUUAACAUCUUUAUCAAUUAUUUAGUUUCUUAAGUUCCAAUUUUAAUUAUGGUGAAAUAAGACCAACUGUGCCAUUGUCGCAUGUACAGUACUAUUCUUCUAAUGGUUUAGAAAAAAAUAAACAAUAACUUACUGUGACUGAUUAGAUUUAUUUCAAGCUAUGUUAGAGUCUCUAAAUGACAAUAAAACACCAGACAGCCUUUCUGGUUUCUGGGCUUUUAUUUGAGCUUGCGUUUUGUUAAAAUGUUUGAAUACAUAAAAAGUUAUUUAAAAAUGUCAAACUGACCAGAUAUCAAAUUCAUUUUUUUCUUUAAAAACCAUUUGGUGUAAAAACUCAGGACAGAUUUAGAAAAACAUUUGCUGUUUCCCCAAAAAAUUUUUGUAACUGUCACAUAAAAA